ACUUGCAGCAGGCCCCUGAGCAUGUGCGGAAAUGUUGUCAUCAGUUCCACAGAGAAAGACUCGGUGGAAAUCAAAGAAGACAGUAAAAGUCACAAGAUCUUUUCCAACCUUCCCUUCCCUGAAUGCCUGGGAAGAAGUCAGGGGCCUCUUGCCUGUGGAUGGGGAGCCAAACCCUGGAGUGGGCCUGGGUGUGGAGGAGGGACUGCUCUGCCAGAUUCUUCAUUCUCCAGAAUUCAACCUAUUUCCUGACUCAGUGGUGUUUGAAAGCAACUUUGUCCAGGUCAGAAAGGGCAGGGACUGGAUAGACAUCUACAAGGCCUCCAACACCAUGGCCCUUGGGGUAACCUCCUCCGUGCCCUGCCUGCCCCUUCCCAAUAUCCUCCUCAUGGCUAAUGUCAAAUGGCACCAGGGACAGAGCCAGACAUGGAACAGACCAUCUAUAGCCCCAAACAUCAAGCUGAAGAGGAUCCUCCCAUUGAAGUUUGUGGAGUUCCAGGUCUGUGACCGGCUUCAACGCAUCCUGCGUUUGAGGACAGUCACUGAAAAGAUCUACUACCUAAGGCUCCACCCUGACCAUCCUGGGACUGUCUUCCACUUCUGGAUCCGACUGGUUCAAAUUCUGCAUAAGGGCCUGUCCAUCACCACCAAGGACCCUAGGAUUCUUGUCACUCACUGUCUGGUACCCAAGAACAGCUGCAGCCCCUCGGGAGACUCUAACUCGGUAGAGAAGAAACCCCAAGCCUCCCAGCCCAGCGAGAGCCUCAUGCAGCUGAUGGCCAAGGGGGAGAGUGAGGCGCUCUCUCAGAUUUUUGCCGACCUGCACCAGCACAAUGAGUUCAGUUCCAGGAGCAGCAAAAAGACACAGACCAAAAGGGACAGCUCAGAGAAAGAUACUCACAGUGAAGACGGCAUCCCUUGCACCCGCGACCUCAGUUGGAGAGAUUCGCUCACUUAUGGAGAGUGGGAAAGAGAGAACCCCUCUGGGCCACAGCCCCUUUCACUCCUCAGCACCCUGGCAGCCUCCACGGGGCCACAGCUGGCCCCACUCAUAUAGGAAAUUCUAUUUGAACUACCUUUUCGCACUGGGGAGAAUCUAUGCAGCCCUCGCCAACGCCACUCUGCAGCAUGCAGCUUUCUGAGGGACUCUGUCUGGAUGUAGGGGAGAAGAAAGCUACAACUAAGGAAAAACUAGACUCAUCUCACGCUGAUAGCAUAGCCUUUCCUUGGAGAACCACCUGGGAGCAUGGCUCCGGGUAAGAGCAUUAUUCCAGCAUCAUGCCAGUACGUAACUCCGGAUCCGUGCCACUACCCAUCACACCUUGCCUCCGUUAACCACCACCAGGGCAGGCACAAGAAGAUGUGCUCUCAGAAGGGCCACGGACAAGAGAUGGAGAGAAGGAAGGAAAGGGAAGCAGGACCGGAGGAGAGGGGGACGAGAACAAAAUGGCGGUGAAGAGCAGGUGGAGGGAGAAAGUCAGAGAAGAAGGGGGAUCUUACAGAGAGGUGGUAAGAAAACAGAAGGGACCUGAAUGAGAAGCUGAAAAGGACAAGAGAAGAAAUACACCACUGAGAGAUGCCUCACGAAGCUUCUAUUUAUCUAAUUUAAAACUUGAAAGUAAGGCCAUAUACCCAAACAAAUGUGUUUUCUUCUCUGUGCCAAUUAUUCUGGAUAACUAUGAGGGGCUAAAAACUAAU